AUGACAUGUAUAAACAAAGAAGACAGGGGUAAGAGGUGCGCAGGGAAAGAUGGAUGGGACAAAGGUUCCGGCAGUGUCGGGGAAAAGAAGGGCUACCAGAAAGACGACAUGAAUGUGGAGAUGGAAGACAUAAAGGGAUGCGAGAGAAAGGUCUUUGGAGAAAAGGAGCCGAGAUAUAGUAGCAGGGAAUAUUCCAUCCCUUCCCCACAAGACUUUGACAGGGCGGCUGAUUACAACAAGAGUGUGCAUGCAUGCUUGGGUAUAGAUAGACUUAACGAUAGAAAUAGAGAUGGAUAUCAAAGACUAGCUCCGGGAUACGACUCUAUGGAGAUGCCGAAGAUAGCAAGAGAACUCAAAAGAAAAGCAAAGCAAAGAAUAUGUUCCAACUGUUCUACCACAAGCACGCCGUCGUGGAGAAGGGGCGAUCAGGGGAAAUCUCUUCUGUGUAAUGCCUGUGGGCUUUAUCAGAAACUUCACGGGAGAACAAGGCCAUAUACGGUCACUGCAGGAGGGAGGACAAAGGCAUUGAAGGGAGGACACGAAAGAAUCAUCUGCGUAUCGUGCAAUCUUCCUUUUUUUACGUUGGAGUCAAAGGGCACGUCCAGCCAUCUCUGCAAUGGCUGCCUAGCCUAUGCAAGAAGCAGGGGAACCCAGAUUGGUAGUGAUGGAGGGGAGGAUUGUAGGAACAGAUUUAAUGGAAAAGUAUCCUCAAGUUUGUAUACCGGGCUUUAUGGAAGAGAGAUUUCGGAGCAAUACAGCACGCCAUAUCACUAUGUGCCGAAUGCUCCCAUGGACAGUAGAUUUGGGGAAUACUCCUCGUCUUCCAUGGUCUAUCCUCAGUCAUACGGAUACUACUACCUAGGCGAAAAGUACCACGAUAUGCCUAGAUUUGGAUACGAAUGCCAUUUUCCUAACGAGGAUCCAGAUGCUCAGUUCAAAGAUGCCUAUCCCGUGGAAAUGGUUGGCGGAAGCGACAGCGGAGUGGAUUCUUGCGAUGCCGAUGUAAAUACUCCAAGUGAUACAUGA